GAGGAGUUUUUUAGACUCGGGAGAAGUGACCUCGCGAGUAUAAACGUUUUUUAGACCGCCUUGGAAGUCUAGGUAGGGUUUAAGCAAGCGAUGGCGCCCGUCGUCCUCAUGGUGGCGGAGAAGCCCAGCAUUGCCGGAAUGCUGGCUUCGUUUCUCUCUUCUGGUCGUAUGAGCACUAGGAAAUCCUACUUGGAUGUUCACGAGUUUGAUGGAACGUUUAGAGGUUUCCAAGCGCACUACAAGGUUACUUCUGUCAUUGGUCAUGUCUAUGGCAUUGAUUUUCCUCCAAAGUAUCAGAACUGGGAGCUGACGGAUCCAUUGGAUCUUUUCGGAGCUCCUACGUUGAAAAACGAAGCAAAUCCCAAGGCUCACGUUUGCAAGCAUCUCAGGCAAGAAGCUCGCGGCUGCGACUCCCUUGUCUUGUGGCUCGACUGCGACCGAGAAGGAGAAAACAUCUGCUUUGAAGUUAUGGAGAAUGUUUUGCCUGUCAUGAAGAAACGAUCCGGACAGCAAGUGUUCAGAGCUCGCUUCUCCGCUGUGAGCGAGAAGGAUGUAAAGACUGCCAUGAGCAGCCUGGUUGAGCCAAACCAAAACGAGGCGCUUGCGGUAGAUGCUCGGCAGGAGAUCGAUUUAAAAGUUGGAGUGGCAUUCACUCGCUUCCAGACUCGUUUCUUUCAAGGAAAAUACGGCAACCUGGACUCGAGCGUCAUCUCUUUUGGACCUUGCCAGACUCCAACUCUUGGUUUUUGCGUGGAGCGGCACACUCAGAUCAUCACUUUCGUUCCGAAGCCAUUCUGGACUUUGCAUCCGCGCUUGAGCAAAGGUGGACACUCGCUGCAACUGGACUGGGAGCGCGGGAGAGUCUUCGAACAGGCAACAGCUCUAGUCCCUCAGAAAGCGGUGCUCAAAAGCGGUUCUCUGAAAGUCCUCGAUGUUUCACAAAAAGAGGAGCGAAAGGCUCGUCCAACGGGACUUAACACUGUCAACAUGCUCAAGGUUGCUUCGACAGCUCUUGGCAUGGGUCCUCACCACGCCAUGCAAAUUGCGGAGCGUCUCUACGUCCAAGGAUACAUAAGCUAUCCCCGGACCGAGAGCACAGCCUACCCGGCGAGUUUUGACGUAAAGGAGUCACUGCUUCCACUGGGAAACCAUCCCGUCUUUGGAGACUACGCUCGAUCGUUGAUAGCUGCUGGCGUUCGAGCCCCAAAGUCCGGCACCGACGCUGGCGACCAUCCUCCAAUCACUCCAAUGCGUUCCGGGACCGAGUCCGAGCUUGGAGGAGAUGCCUGGAGGCUCUACGAUUACAUCUCCAGGCAUUUUCUUGGGAGUGUGAGCCCGGACUGCAAGUAUAAGCGGACGAAAGUUACCUUCUCCGGUGGAGGCGAGGUUUUCACUUGCUCGGGGAAAGUUGUGACAUCGCCGGGAUUCACAAUAGCUAUGCCGUGGAUGGCUGUCACGGACGAAAAUCUUCCUGCGUUUACUAUUGGCGAGAGUCUUCCUUGCUCAGAGGUUGAGCUCUACCAGGGAAGAACCUCUCCUCCUGAUUACUUGACUGAGAGCGACCUGAUAUCUCUGAUGGAGAAGCAUGGGAUUGGUACGGACGCGUCCAUUCCAGUGCAUAUCAACAACAUAUGCCAGAGAAACUACGUACAGGUACAAACUGGAAGGCGCCUUGUGCCUACUGCUCUCGGUAUAACACUCAUUCGAGGCUAUCAAACCAUCGACGCGGAUUUAUGCCUCCCGGACAUCCGGAGCUUCAUAGAGCAGCAAAUCACGCUGAUUGCCAAAGGUCAGGUGGAUCACGAAACCGUGGUGCGCAACUCGCUGGACAAGUUCGUCGCCAAGUUCAAGAACUUCGUGUCCGAGAUCGAGAAGAUGGACGCUCUGUUCGAGGCUCACUUCUCUCCUCUCGCGGACUCCGGACGGCCCUUGAGCAAGUGUGGGAAAUGCAAGCGCUACAUGAAAUACAUCACGCUGCGGCCAUCUCGUCUCUACUGCUCAACCUGCGAGGAAGUAUACCCGGUCCCGCAAAAUGGUUCCAUCAAGCUCUACAAGGAGCUAGCUUGUCCACUUGACAACUUCGAGCUCGUCUUGUUCUCCCUCGGAGGACCCGACGGGAAAUCCUAUCCCCUCUGUCCCUACUGCUACAAUCACCCUCUGGAAUCUCCAGCAAGAGACCCGAGCAGCGAGGCCACAACCUCCAGCGAUGAUCAAGCCAGUGGCACUGCUCCUGGCGAUGGAAAUCCAAACACAAGACGGGGACGAGCAGCCACAGGGGCGGGGAUGCCAUGCACGAUGUGUCCUCACGCGACGUGCCGCCACUCGGUGAUGCAGCAGGGAGUGUGCGCUUGCCCCGAGUGCGAUGGAACGCUCAUCCUGGAUCCCAUCAGCGCGCCAAAGUGGAGGCUCGACUGCAACAAGUGUAGCUUCCUCGUCUACCUCCCCGCCAACACGCACAAGGUGUCGAGGAGCGAGCACGAUUACUGCGACGACUGUGGCUCGGCGCUCCUGGAGGUGGACUUCCACAAGAACAACACGCCGCUGGAGGGCGGGAGGACGCUCCACACGGCGUGCGUGGUCUGCGACGAGCUCUUGCAGUCCCUGGUGGUGAUGAAGCACGGCAAGAGCUUUGGGCGAUCGCGAGGGAGGGGGAGAGGGAGGGGGAGAGGACGAGGGAGAGGGCGAGGGAGGGGUGGAGGGAGAGGUGGCGGGCGAGGAAAGCACCAAGAUCCCCGGAUGAGUUUCAGGGAUUUCUAGCCUCGUGUUUUCCCUCCAAAACUAUAAACCCUAAUAUUUGAACGAUGAAAUUGACCAGGUAAUUCGACUUCGGUUCUUUUUUCUUGGCGCUAA